AUGUUGAUCGACUUUGAAAUGAACUUUAAUAAAACUAUGAAAGAAAAGUUAAAAGCUAUGCUUGAAACUGGUGUCCACUUUGGCCACCAAGUACGCCGCUGGAAUGCAAAAAUGGCUCCUUACAUCUACGAAGAGAAGAACGGUAUCCAUAUUUUAGAUAUUGUUCAAACUGUAGAUGAACUUGAAAAAGCACGCAUUGCAUUUAAAAAAGCAAAAAAUGUUGUUUUUGUUGGAACACGCCCACAAAUCGCACCAGUAAUUAAAAACAUUGCCGAAGAAUGUAAUGCACAUUAUGUAAACACACGUUGGGUUGGAGGUUUAUUAACAAACUGGUCAACAAUUUCAGCAUGUAUUCAAAACUUAAAUGACUUAGACAAACUUCUUGAGCAAGAUCCGAAAACAACUGGAUUAACGAAAAAAGAACUUGUACAGAAAGAAAAGGAAAUGGAACGCAAAGAUAAAUUCUUUGGUGGUGUCCGCCAACUUUCAUCACUUCCAGAUUUAGUAGUAAUUGUAGGUCAACCACAUGAACGAAAUGCUGUAUUAGAAUGUCAAAAAUUAAACAUUCCAACAAUUACACUUUUAGAUUCAAACUGUGACCCAAGCUACACAACAUAUGGAAUUCCAGCCAAUGAUGAUUCAACACGUUCAGUGGAAUUUAUCUUAAAGCAAUUAGUAAGUUAA